AUGAUUCUGACAGUAGUAUGUUUUGUUCAAGGUACAACUCAAGGACGAAUCUGUGUUAUGACAAACAACUUUUCACAGCAUCUGUGUGUUUGUAGCGCGCUUAGUAAGGACAACCUCUGGGGUGAUGAAGUAUCUGCAUUGCAAGGAUGCACGUUUCUCGGCAUGUUGUUGUCAAUGCUAUUGUAAAACUUAUCUGACGUAUACAAAGUUUUGAAAGUGCUUGGCAUUGUCCUGCGAACUGGUCUGUGGUUAAAUGUAGAGCUACUUUGAACUUUUGUAGUUUGUUUACAAGUGAAAAUUCCAAGAUUAGCUCUCCGGUGCGCGUUAUGUUCUUCCAAUGCACACAGAGCUGUUCCUCGUGAAUAAACAAUGUGUUCGAUUUCAGCAAAUGAUUAUCUCUGUUCUGAGGAAACUAUAAAUUGUUUCAGAUUUUUAGAUUUGAUUUAUUAUUAUUAGGUUUGGAUUAUUAGGCUGCGCUCAGGAAGAAAAGCGCAAGUGUGUUGAGUGACAGCCGAUGUGAAGUCUUGACGCCUCGAUAUAGUUAUCAGCAUCUGUUGAAUAACGUAGGCCUGAAGUGCACUUCCAGUAAAACAUCCACAUCAUUACACGUGUAUUAUGUAUCAAACUUAUCAAAUACAUUUAGAUGAAGUUGGCCUAUCUAAUCAGGUAACUGCUAGUAAACAGUCGUUAGCAUUUAUUUAUAUGUCAGGGUACAUGUAUGUACAUUAUGCUGCAUGUGUGUGUGAGUAUGAGUGUAGUUUAGUUUUAUAUUCCUCAUGUAGUUGAGCUGUGCAAACUGUCUGAUCUGGCCAGGGGUCUUGAUGCCACUCCAUACAGCCUCAGGCUGUGAGAUACAAAUAAUUUGUUUUAGUCAGAUUUGAGUCUCACUGACAGGUGACUAAUACGGUUUAGCAUGAUAGAACAUGUCAUUAUUGUCAUGUAAUUUGCCCAAACUUGAGUGUAGAAAGUAAACUACAGAAACAGCAUGACUGAAGGACACAAGCAGGUAAACGGUGGGAUCACUUACUCAGAGAAGCCUACCCACACAUCCCAAUAGUUGUAGCUGUAAUAUUUUAUAGAGGGAGAGGAGAAGGUGAUUUUGGCUACUAGUUGCAUCGGCUUCAAUGAGGUCUGCUGUCCUACUUUUGUUUCUCAAGGAAUGAUGUAUUGGCACAUUGACCAUAACCCAUUAUGCUUUCAGUUGCUAUCCAGGUGUAAUACAUUAACAAUAACAUAUGUUGCAAUGGUGUUCUAAAUGAUAUUGGACAUUUUUCAGUUGUUUUCUCAAACUAUUCUUAAUUGUCUUAGGAACUAUAUAGACUACAGUUACAUCAGGCAUAUGACAUUUGUUAUGUUAUUCUCUCACGCCUCCUGUAUUCACCGACACUCAAGUCACAGUGUGAAGGGGCUGCAUACAUAGCUCACUGAUGGCAGUGAAGAGCUGCAUGUAAUCCAGUAAUUUUCCUUCUCUCUGUGUGUUUUCUGCACAGACUCAUUAGGGUGUCAGAAAUGGCUGUCUUGGGUCUCACCCAGCCUCCUUUAGUAUUGUCUCUGUCUGCCUUCAUUGUUUCAGAGAGUGAUGCAUGAGCAGGUUCUCUGAGAGUAGACAGCAGAGAGACACAGAGAGAGAGCGAGAGAGAGAGAGAGAGAGAUGCAUUAUUGGCUGCUUUUCACCAACUUUUGUUGCCGUUCUUAGAAGAAGUUGACUGAAGGUGGAGAGGAGUGACCGUGUUGCUGCAGACACUUUUAGGAGAAGGCUUUAUCCCCCUACACACUUGCUGGCAUCCUGGUUUUGUGUGCUGAAACCUUUCUGUCCUACUGUCCUGGUGGUUUUGGCGAUGCCACAUCGACAAGCCCACCCUCUGUUUCUUCUAGCGCUCUGCUGUGUGGCCUCUGCAGGUCCUCUGUCACGGAGCCCGUGUGAGCUGCUCCCGGUGGGGUCGGGGCACCCAGUGCAGGCCCAGCUGAAGAGCUUCACGGCGCUAUCAGGCUGUGCCAGCCGGGGCACCACCUCCCUGCCCCAGGAGGUCCACAUCAUUAACCUGAGGAAUAGCGGAGGCUCCGACGUGCCCGGGGAGAAGCCUGCCGAGGUGUCUCUGCACCUGAAGCCCAUCCAGUCCAUCCAGGUCCACCAGAAGGCCCUGGUGUUUGUGCUGAACUCCCCCCAGCCCGUCACCUGGAGGCUGAGGACCGAGAACCUGGCCCCAGCAGUCAAACGCACCUUUCAUGUGUCGGAGGGCUCAGAGGUGCAGUUUGAGGUGGGGAACAUCUCUCUCUCCUGUGAGGUGAAAAAAGAAAACCUUCCUCAUGGCAACGAGCACCUCUUGACCUGGGCGGAGGGGAGAUACAAGGCCAUCACCUCCUUCUCCGAGCUGAAGAUCGCGCACGAUGUCUACAUCAAAGUGGGCGAAGAUCCUGUCUUCUCGGACACGUGUAGGAUUGACAACAAAUUCCUCUCCUUGAACUACCUGGCCAGCUACGUGGAACCCCAACCCUCGAAAGGCUGUGUGCUAACAGGACCAGACCAUAAACAAGAGGUCCACAUCAUUGAGCUGCAGGCACCCAACUCCAGCAGUGCAUUCCAGGUAGAUGUUAUAGUGGAUCUUCGGCCGAUGGAGGCAGACAUCCCGCUGCACCGAGACGUGGUGCUGCUCCUCAAAUGCAAGAAGCCCGUCAACUGGGUGAUCGAAGCUCACCGUGUCACCGGAAGGCUGGAGGUGGUGACGUCAGACACCAUCAGUGUGGGCUCCAGCACAGAGAGGCUGAUGCAGGUUAUCAAAUCCCCCAAGGUGCCUCUGCCGUCAGGCUCCCAGGCUCUGAUCCAGUGGGCCGAGGAGCAGGGCUACAACCCCGUCACGUCCUACACCAACACCCCAGUGGCCAACCACUUCAGCCUGCGCCUGAGAGAGCAAGAUUUGAUUGAUCCUUUGGAGACAAUGUUCCCUCCAGAACUUUCCAUCCUGCGUAACCCUGACCCCGGUCCUGGUUUCAAGGUUGGCAGUGAUUCUCCCCCACCACGAGUCAGCUUGCCCUUCCCCUUUGCCCCCCGCCCUCCCCGGGACCAAGGCCUGCCCUACCUGCCCCUGCCACCCUCUCUGGAGGAGCAGCCCUGGAUGGGGGGAGAGCCUGAGGAACAGCAGGGGACUCUCGGCCUGAGCGUCCAGUGUGAGGAGAACAAGAUGGUGGUCAGCAUUGACAAAGAGAGCCUUCAGGCCAACGGCUACGGGAAAGUCAACAUCACUCUGCAAGACCCGACGUGCCGAGCAACCUCCAACUCCACACAUUACACGCUGGAGACCUCGCUGAAUGGCUGCCAGACCACCAAACACCCCUUCCAUCCCAGCCCUGUGGUCAUCUACAUCAACUCAGUGCUGAUCAGCUCAUCAGAGGCGAGAGAUGGGAGCGGCUGGCCCCCGGACUAUGAGGACAUGGAGUCGGGGGAUGUGGUCUUCCCUGGGGAACCAGAGGGGCUGGACAGAGCCCUACUGACACCGAGGGGCCACCGGGCACACAUCCUGUUCAACUGCACAUACCGCAAGAACCAGAGCCCAGACCCCCAUUUCCCUAGUCACUUCCCGGGGCCUAGCUUCCCCGGAGGGGCCAAAGAUGUGGUGGACAGCGUAACCUUCAGCAUGCAGCUGCACAACACCAACCUCUUCCUCUUCAACCCCGAACAGUCCUUCUUCACCACCUCAGAGAACACACCCGUCUUCGUGGAGGUUUCUGCAACCAAAACAGAUCCUGAUCUUAGCUUUGUGAUCCGAACCUGCUUCCUGUCCUCGAACUCCAACACCAACGUGGCGUCGGAGUACACGCUGAUCGAAAACAUCUGCCCCACCGACGACUCGGUCGUGUACUACCCCUCGCGAGUGGACCUGCCCAUACCCCACGCCCAGACUGACCGCAAGCGCUUCAGCUUCACCUUCAGGCCAAAGUUCAACAUCUCGCUGGUCUUCCUGCACUGUGAGAUGUCCUUGUGCUCCAACGGCCCCAACGACAAUGGACUGUCUGAGUGCAUGCAGCCAGCCGAGGCCUGCACCUCCAUGGAUAUCGGCACCAUCCUGAACCUGAUGAUGAACACCAAGACCUCCACCAAACCCCUGGUGGUUGUCCCCAAUGGGCAAGAAGGUAUCCAUCCCACAGACACCGAAUUUCCAGUGACGCCCACCAAAGAAGACCAGCCAGAUUCUUCAGCAGACCACAGUAACGUGCUGGACACAACAACCGUGGUGGGCAUCGCCUUCGCUGCCUUCGUGAUAGGAGCUCUGCUGACGGGAGCCCUGUGGUUCAUCUACUCACAGACAGGUGGCCCUGCCAGUCGGCAGCAGCCGCCCAAGCCUCAGCCGCCCUCGGAGAAUAGCAGCGCUGCACACAGCAUCGGCAGCACACAGAGCACGCCUUGCUCCAGCAGCAGCAAUGCAUAGCCCCGGGGGAACCCAAGAGAACCUCCCCCCCCCCCCUGCAGAACCCAUCUGAAUGCUGGAGAACCAUCACGUACCACCUGCGCGGACCGAGCACAGCACACAGCUCGCUGUCUGCAGUCGCUCGAGGAAAACCUUUAGAAGACCUUUAUCUGACCACAAUCCUGUAAAUAUAAAAAAUCUAUUGUAGAAAUGAAUAUAUACAUACAUAAAUGUAAAGUCAAUUUAAGUAAGAAAUAUUUAUUAGAAAAAUAUUGAGUUAUAUUGUUGAGUCCCAUGUGCGGAGCUAUUCUACAUUGUGAGAGCAAAGUAGGGUGUCUAAAAAAAGUCGAUAAAGACAAGCAGAAGUAUUUUUGGGGGCAUGUCGCAAACUUAACACACAAACACAAACUCCACCCUAUGAACCUGGCCCGUCAUAUUUCUGAGAAGUCGUUGAGAAUGUGUGACAGUACUACUGCAGUUGCAAGGGCUAUUUCGGGUUUGUCAGCACACAUGACCCGAAGUGGCACCAAGGUCUCAAAAAUCCAGUGCUGAACUCUAAAUGCUAAAAGUAGAAGCCAAAAAAAGAAUCUGUGAUAAAUAUCAUCUGUUUAUUUUGAUUGUGAAGUGCUGCUUUCUAGUCCUUAAGCCACAAAGGAGGACGUGUGUCCUCUUUUUAAAAUGUAUUUGUCUACCAUAUAUGGUGUAGUUUAGGCUGUAUGUACAGAUGCCUCUUUACACCAGUCAUUCUUGAGACAGCGCCACAAGUCAAACCACCAAAUCUCCCCGAACCCACUUUUUGUCGCUUUAACCUUUAGAUCAGCCUUAAACUAUGCUGAGAUAAAGCAUGACUUUAUAUAAAUAUCAUUUUAUGAUUGCUGAUAAUAAUAUAUCCUUUUUUCUGUUGAAUUGAGAAAGAAAUCUAAAUAUAUGAAAAAUAUAUGACACAUGACAUGUACAUUUUAUAGUUCAUUUGAUUGACUUUUUAUUUUGAUCCAGUAAGACUCAAGACUUACUGGUGUGGGCUGGCAUCAGAAGAGGCAUUCUAUUCCGCCUGUGUUGUAAAAUGAUGUAUAUUUUUGUGAAUAUUGUACAUAAGAGAACAUGACGUUACUCACUAACAAACUAAAAAGUCUGAGAUGUGAGUGAUGUAGUGUUGUCAAAGGGUGAACAGCUAGUAUUCCCCAAAGAUCUCAUGCUUCGUGCAAGAGGGGACUGACAGUGAUUUAAAGCUAACUUGAGACAUAGUGGAGAGUGAACAGGAAGCUAAACCAGUUACGCACAGUUAGUAUUCUGUGUAGCAGUGUCAAUCUCAUAAAGUAUCUGAGAAGCAUCCAAUAUAUAGUUCAAACACCAUAGUAGUAUCUAUUUGCAAAUACAUAUUUAGCUGAAUUAGUGCGUUUUCCCCCCCGUGUUGGUAAACUGAUCCGCUGUUGCCCGACACAACUCAACUAACUGAUAUUAAAACCUAGUCAAAGGAAACGUCUGAGUUUUCAAUUCACCAAAACCACCUCUGGCUGAAAUGAGCCAAAGGUGGUUAGACAUACACAUUAACAGUCUGUAGUCUCAGUCCAGUUAUUUCAGGAGGCAUAUCCUUACUGCAAGUGGGCUGUUCUAGGCCAAACACAGUCCCACAUUAGAUCAGAUAAACAGAGACACCUGUGCUAACGCACGCAUAGCCUCAUUUUCAUUAUGUAGAUCAUACCAACAGUGAAGCGGCCCAGCGUUGCGUAUCUUACCUUCAAUAUCAAUAGGGUUGUGCUUAUUCACAGUCUGUGAAGCCUCCAUAUAAAGUCAGAUAUCCUCAAAUGUAAUAUGGGGCUCAAUCAGAACAUGAGUAGAUUAAGGCCACUAGGGCCUGUGAGCUCCAGGCCAUCUCUUUACCGAACUUCUAGCACUGACAAACCUAAGGGCAUUCAGUUUCCCCCCGUAGGAAACUCUCCCAUCUCUCUUCCAAGUCUGUGAGCAUGAAAUAUUGGACAGUUAAUGGGCACUUAGAAUUGAGGGGGCAAGCGAGUUCAAAUGGGCGUUCGUUAUUUUCUGUUUUGUUUGUCGUACUUUUUUUUUUUUUCGUUUAAUGUGUUGAUGAAAAGCCAAGACAAAAAAAAAAUCCCACCGUCGUGGAAAACCACGUGAAUGUGCCUUCAUUUAUUUUUUACUCUGUCAGUCUGGAGAUGAAAAUGGUCUCUGUAUUAAAAGUGGUGUUAUUUUCUAAAGCAAGAAGGGAAGUCCGGGGAGCUCCGUUUGCUCCGGACACCGUACACUGUGUAUAUAUUGAGAAGUGAAAACGGCCCUCCCUCAUUAAUAUCCUAUUUACACAAACUGUAUGUGUAUCAGAUGCUACGCGUGUGUGCUAUCGCUUGCUGCGUACUAAUCCAUAGAAUGUAUUCCCGAAGCUGACAAGCCGUUGUUCUGUGUAAAACAUGUGUAGAUGUCCUCUGAGAGAGUGUGUAAAACAGAGUAUAUAAAUAUAAAUCUAUAUAUUUGUGUAAAGUUUAUAUUUUUAAAAGUAUAUUCCCAGAGCCAACUUAAAAAAUGAUCUCUAAGCAUACUGUGAAUUUGUUGUACGCUAGCGCUGAUUUCUUUUUGUCUGCUAAAAUAUAUAUAUACAUAUGCAUAUAUAUAUGUGUGUGUGUGUGUGUGUGUGUGUGUGUGUGUGUGUGUGUGUGUGUGUGUGUGUGUGUGUAGAGAGAGCUGACUAAAACCCCUGGAAGUGCAUCUUGGGUUUUCCAUUUAGAUGCCUUUAUGAGAGACUACCUUUGUAUUUUUUAAUUGAACUGAAACGAAAGAAGGAAAAUCCUACCUUUUGUAUUUAGAUAGAUUGGUCUUUUUAAGAAAUAGAUAAUAAUACUUAUAUAUUAUUAUAUUAUGAUACUGGAUGACUUCCAGAUGACACUUCAGCUUAGCCAGACUGUAUUUUCAUGCAAUAACUUUACAGCCUGACAGCUACAUUUCACUGUGUGCAGCAAAGUAGUACCUUUUGAUAUUAAAGCUGCACGGUCUAUUUGUACUUACAUAUACCCGCCUAUCUCUUCAUUUGAACUUGAUAAAUCAGUUUCUCAAUGAUUCCCAAAUGCGACUCUCUUUACUCAGAUAGUAGUGAACUCUGACCCAGAUCAGACCACAUCAAGGCCAGGUCCAUUUCAGAGUUCAGAGUACUAAUGGUUUCAGUCAGCUUUCGCUAACACGUCUUUUUCUUUUUGUGUGUCUGUGUUGGUCAUAAAUAAGCCAUCUGAAGGCUUCGAAUGCUGUCGUUAUAAAAGUUUUUACUUUUUGCUUUUCUGAGACUCAAAUGUAAAUGUAAUCACAACUAAGCUGUUGAAUGCCUUUUGGGAAUGCCUGAGUAAAAGUCAGUGGUGUGUGAAUGCUAAGGGCUAAAAUGCUGGAAUUAGUCUGUGAGAUAUACGGUUGGCCGUGACCAUACCUUAACCAUUCCCACAUCUGCUACCCCCACUCCCUGCUCCCUGCUUUCCCCAACCCAGUUCAUUAGCAAUACACUCAAGAACUAGAGCCAGUUCACAGGUCACCUUGAUCCUAGUAUUCUCCCCUCUCCUCUGUGGGUUAGAGGAGAAAACAAUUUUCCCUCUGUGCCCUCCGGUCAGUGAUCCCCAGUCCCGGCCCAUCCCUGUAGGUGACUUCUUGAUCAACAAGCUCCCAGCAUUUGGGGUCAGGGAAUGUGGAACAUCAAAACUCAAACCCAUAAUGUUCUCAUCAGGGGGCAUUAGCUUUGAAAUACUACGCAAAGUCUGUGGUUCUUUUCUGAGGUUAUCCCUUUUGGAGUCUCCCCUUAACCCUGGUACUGGUUUGCAGAUGUUUUCUGCUAAGCUGACUGUAGUGGGGGGUGGAGAUAGAAGGAGGAGGAGGAGGAGGAGGAGGAGGAGGGGGGGGGGGGUAUUGGUGGUUUCUGCUUCAUGUUCAGUACCACUGGUUUUGGUGGUGGGGGGGCCCUGAGUCUGGCAGGCAGCCUACCCUUGGAGGGCUAGACCCGUGUGCCCAGCAAAGCAAAGCAAAGCCCUUGUCCAAUGCUGAUUGUACUUUCUAAUGUUUGUAUUUGAAUGUUUUUUGUUGAAUCUACCUCAGUAUUGUUACCAUUGUGUGUCUGUGUGUUCUGAGUGUGUGCCUGACUCGUAUGCAUGUUGAGUGCUGAAAGUACUUCGGUGAGCGUGUGUGUGUGUGUGUGUGUGUGUGUGUGUGUGUGUGUGUGUGUGUGUGUGUGUAAAACAGUUACGUUUUUGAUUUGGGGGAGUGAUGCAAAGGUUGGGCUAUUGGAGCACAUAUGAGGGUGCUGUUUGUGUUUUUCCUCUCUCUCUCUGUUUAUGUGUUUGUUCGAGGUUCAAUCGUUUUGAUAUUCCCCAGUGUUGUUUUCAUCUUCCUAACCAAGAGCUUGGAUCAUUUUAUGAGAUAAUCCAAUGAAACAGAAAAGGCCCAUUAUUUCACAACAGGCCGGGCUGUGGGCCGCCAGCUUUUGUGUGAAAUGCGAAAUAAAACACAAGCAAGCUAUUUCGUUGAUGAGGGCUUGUUUAUUUUUUUUGUCGUUCUACUAAAAUGUUUUUCCUUGUAAAAAAUGUACGCUGUAAAUAUGCAUGCUGUUUCUAUGUUCUGUAUAUACCUAUUAAUAAAUAUGUGUAAUCUUU